GCAAACUUCAGACUCAUUGACUACGGGCUUAACAAGCAUCGGGGCUUUUUUUUUUUUCUUUUUUUUUCUUUCUGCAGCUUGAAAGGAUUUCUGUUUUUUGCAAAACAGUUCCGGUAAAACAAUGACCAGCUUGUCCUUAUGGGCGACUAUUGGAUUAUGUUUGCUGAAGCUUUGUCUAGCAGAAACGCAAUUCAAUGUAAGUUGCAGAUAUGGAGGAGUUUUUCAUGUUGAGAAAAACGGUCGUUACAGUCUCACACGAUCAGAAGCAGUCGAACUUUGUAGAGCUCUCAAUAGUACCUUGUCAACACUAGAGCAGUUGAAGAAAGCUCAUGAACUUGGAUUUGAAACUUGCAGGUAUGGUUUUGUAGUGGGGCAUAUUGUUAUCCCACGAAUCAAUCCCUAUCAUCUUUGUGCAGCAAAUCACACUGGCGUUUACAAACUUUCAGUGAACACAACUGGUCGGUAUGAUGCAUACUGUUACAAUGCAACAGAAACGAGGGACAAAGCAUGCGAGCCAAUUGAAAGCCUAGAUACUUCUUUCCUCAAUAAUCAGGGUGAAAUAGUCAUUGACAAUGCAGAUGGCUCACGUUACAAUGCAGAUGGCACACGUCAUAGCGGAGAGUCCUCAACCUCAGGUGCAGAUGAUGAAAACGUAGGUAGUGGAUCAACACAUGACACAACUCCCAUGGAUACCUCCAUUGGGAAAUCCAGCUCCUCAUAUUAUGGAAGUGCUACUCCAGUCUCACAGCUGCCAGAUCAUUCUUCUGGAGGGGGUGAAAAAGAAAUUCCUAGGAAAGACGCUGAUGACGAAGUUUCUCCUGUAUCACCUGACAUCCCUUUGGUGACAGCAGCUGAUAAUUCUCCUGCAAAAGAUGGUGGACAAUAUCCUGCGAGUACUACACUGGUUACAAGUGAAAACGGAGACCGUCAAGGACCAACCCAACAUCCACUAUUGCACAGUGAUCAUUAUGGAUGGAUCAGUCAAGAACAUAAUCCUGCAACUACCACUGGGAGUACUGAACAACGUGAAUUUACUGUUGCAGGUGAAAAUGAUAUUGAAAAGGAAUCUUCUCAUACAGCUACGGCCUCCAGCCAUGGGGCCAAACAGAACGACUCAGCGCAAGACCCAUUGGUGUAUCCAGGUUGGGACAAGGGAGAGGACUAUGCCACACAACCUGCUGUAACGGAUAGAAUUAUUCCUUCCAGAGAGAAUAAUCAUCAAAAAGAGUCUUCCACUACAGCUGUUGCCUCUUCUGGACGUGACCACCAUGAAGACCCGACUCAGCCAUCUCUGCCUUCAGAUAAUGAACCGGGACAGGGCACUGAAGGCAUCACACAUUCCAGAGAUGCCCCUGGGGAUGAGGUCCUCACCAGGACCACAGCUAGUACAAACAAAGCUGGUGAUGACUCUCCUCUGACGAGUACCAGUAAGAAUAACGGAUCAUACACAUUUCUCAUGCCUGAGUCCGUGGAUGAUGUUAACCGAGAGAAAGCAACCAAGGAACCACUGGCACCUGCCACUCCAUCUGGAAGUGAAAGUGAACAAGGAAACACCACAGAUAGUUCCCAUGUCAGUUGGAUACCUGGAGUUUUCCCAGGCAUUGAAGAUCGUCUUAACCAAUUGCAGACCUCUCUUCCUACUAGAUCUACCUCCAGUAUAUAUGGUAAUCAAGGACCACACAAGGGACAUUAUGAAUCCACUACUUUCCCCGGAGAGACCACCACAACAAAAAUAGUUUCACAACAAAGGUCAGCCCAGGUACCAGAAUGGCUGAUCAUAGUUGCUGCUCUUGUGGCACUUGCGUUGAUUCUUGCAGUGUGCAUUGCUGUUAACAGUCGGAGAAGAUGUGGGCAGAAGAAAAAGCUCGUGAUUAACAAUGGUAAAGGGGCAGUGGAGGACAGGAAGACGAGUGGAUUAAAUGGAGAUGCCAGCAAAUCACAAGAAAUGGUGCACUUGGUUCAUAAAGAACCAUCAACUGACCCAACAGGAGCAUGUGAUGAAUUCCUGACCGUUAACGAAACACAAAAUCAUCAGGAGCUUGACAUGAAGAGUGGAGUGUAAUGGUACCAAGUUGACAAGUAGAUCAGAGCUGGGGAAAUCAAAAUCACAUGGAACUUGGACAGGAAUUCACAGAUGCACUGUGCUACUGAUGUCUUUUGAACAUAAUUAAAUAUAAGUUUUAUUCAUUUUUAAUCACUUUACAAUAAUGUCUGAGUUACAAAAUUGACAUUUGCUUUCUGAAAUCAGCCCCCGAGAGUUGCAUAAUGUUUUCAGUUCCCCAUUCCUCCACAGAGGACACUUACUGUGUCCUGGGUGUUAGGAGGAAGUUUAUGUCAUUGUUCCCCAGAUGGAGAGUCUUUGCUGUGCGGAGCUCCAGAAGUAUCCAGUCACUCCACCUUACAGGCAUUUAAGGUACUAAACUUGCCAAGGUACAAGAGUAAGUGAGGAACAAAUGUCAAGAACAAAAAUCAAGUUUAAACCAAAAAGGCCUCCUAUACAAUGUCUAAAACAUCAGAAUCCUUCAGCAAUGCCUUUCAGCCAGGAAAAGCAGUAGGUGCAAUCAAGAGUCUGCCAGUAUAAACAAGAAGUGACAUUUUAUAAUGCUUUCCGGCUUGGUCUGCAAUGAGGGAAACCCGGAAGGACAAAACAUCUGUGGUCAAGUCUUCUUGGCAGGGGGAAUAAAGAGAUGAAAACAUGAGCUGAUACUUUAUUAUCCUAACAAUCUAGACAGUUAUCCUUGAGUUUUUGAGGUGUUCAUUGCUCUUCCCCUUUCAUUGGUCAUAGUUUGUGCAUGUUUUUAAUGAGUCUGUUAGUUAGGAUAAUGAAUAAAACAGAAUGACCCCAGCUCUAUCACACAUGCACAAAUCAAACAAUUGGAGAUCAUUAGGGAAGACAUCAGUAUUUUAUUCCUGAAGAAUAGGUCUCUAUCUUCUUCUGCUCCAUUUCACUUAGGAGAUGCUGAGCCUAGUAAAACUUAUUUUCCCUAUAAGUAUUAUGUUACACCGGUUUGCUGAUAUUUUAAAAAUUGCCUUUCUGUGAUCUCGCUCACUUCCUCUGAAUUCUAUUUCACCCACAUUUUUCCCUCUGCUUUUUAAAAUUACCAAAAGAAACAUUGCUUGCUUACUGGUACCAGGAGUUUAAAUUCUACAGAAAAGAUCAAAGAAAAUUAAAGGAAACUCUCCCAGCCCUGUAAUACAGUAAAGUAGCUGCAUUGUUACAUGCUUUUGUUUUGUCCGUAUGUGUCUGUUAUGUAAAGUAUUUGUAUUAAGCUAUGAUGCUGUGCAUUAUAUAGAUAUGAAUUGUCAGAAAGAAAAUUAUUUACUGCCAGUGGUCUGUGCCAUUUUUAAGAAAGCAUAUUGGAAUGGAGGGAGAAUAAUAACUUCUAAUUGGGCUGCCUCAAAAAAAUGCAAGUAAAAACAGUAUAAGGUCAUUCCAACCAGUGGUCUGUGUCAGUUGUGGGGUCGGGAAUAUACUAUAGCAGGGUUACUAGAGCGUUCCUGUCCAAUGGAAAUAGCACCUGUCUUCAGAACUGUUCUGCUAAAACAUGUUAUGUUCUCCAUCUGAAGCAAUUUGGAGGUUGAGUAUUCAGCUGGCUAAAUACUAGCAUCAGCUAGCGCUGAUCUUCACUGGAACAUAAAGUACAAGACUAUUGGUUGUAUUUCUCGGUCACAGCCCUCCAGCAGUUCCCCAUGUGUUUCAUCGACUUGCUGAGUGCCCUGGUAUCUGCAGGCAGAUCUCAAGGGCAAUUUACACCUGGGCAAAAGGUCCCAAGAUGAGGUGUGAUUUUAAAGAACACAUAGGAUGGUUUCUGCCUUUAGGUAGGUCAGCAUGUUUCAUUUAUGAAGAGCCACGCAGCCUGCGGUCCGAAAGUGUUUAAACAAGGUGAAGCCUGAGGUCAAGGUGAUUUACGCUAUCGGUACUUGUGGUCCGCUGUCAGACUUCUCCAUCCUUCAUGUAUUUUAAUACUGAACCGUGCAGUGGGAAGUCUGUUUACUCCGUGUGUUUAUUUUUGUUUAAUUCCUGUAAUGUUUUUAAGCAAGCUUUUCUAUUUGUCAUUAUAAAUCAAAAUGGUCUGUUGAAGGCUGUGUUUAAAUUGGUGUUAUGUGCUCAUUUCACUAAGUAUGGACGUUCAGAGGAAGAAUUAUUCCUCUCUUCAAAUCCUAAUUGAAUAUAGGUCUCAACAGAAAGGAGAUAUUUCAUUGUUUUGAAGGCUAAAUUUUUCUUUAAAAGAAAAUAAGUCGUCUUCGGCAGGUUAUUUAUCUCCGUAUUCAGAUGUUUAAUGGAGAAAUCCACAAACUCCUUCCUAAUUUAUCAAAUGUCACUGGUUGACUUCUUUUAUAUUUUCAAACAGGGAGAUGCUCAAGUUCUCUUUACAGAGUCAAUGCCAUUAUUUUAUAUAUGCUGAAUCUUUUUAGACAUCGUGUGAUUCAUGUGUAAUUAAGUUUAAUUAUAGUUUCAAAACUAGAUGGCCAUUUCAUAUGUGUAAUAUAGUACAUAUUUUUAUCAAUCUUGGUUUUAUUAUUUGAGGGCUCGUCUGUUGUGUAUAUGUAUUUUUUAUAUAAAGCUCUUGAUAUAUUUGCAUAUUUAUUUAACAGAUUAAUCAGAAUGAAAGAAAAUAUCAUCUUUAAAUUGUAACUAGAAAUAGUAUUGCUAAAACCACAUUGAACUGUAAAAUAACCUUCCAAAAAUAAACUCGAUUCCACAUUGAGGAUAAAAAGUAAGACCAGCAUUAUUAGUGGGAGAGAAAUAUUCAGCAGGAUACUCGUGUUUGGUACCGGUGAGCCAGGGGUCAUUUUUUGUGCUUGCAAACUCUAAGUCAGGUUCAGCUGAAUGCUGCCUGACCUUGUCUGCUCUGUCAGCCUCCCAUAGGCUCCCCAGGCGCUCUGGGAGUUAGCAAUUAACUCAGUUUCCCUCUAGAAGCAGAUAACUUGGUCCAAUUUAAGAUCAACCCAGUAAGAUCUUGAUGGCUACUCCGGAACCAACGGCAUUUGGGAGAGCACAAUGCCCUGCAAGAUCCAGUUCUUCCUUCUGGGUGCUGACAGACAAGUUGGAUCUAGGUCUACCCUUGGUUCCUGGGAAGAAUGAAGAGCUCUCCUAAAAAUGCUGAAGAGACCAGGUUGGACCUAGAACAGACCCCAUGAUCAGCUUGUGUUAUUCCUUUGUAUUGAAGAGUUUUAAAUAAAUGUGUAAUCCAGACCACCUCUCUCAUGGAAAUACUGUCUAAAGCAGCAAGCAUAUUUAAGAGAGGGAUUGCAUCGUUUAGGAAAAUGUAAAAUUUUCAUCAAACAAUCCAGGGUGAUUGCUUCACCUGUAUUUUCUUGAAGAUCUUACAAGGAAUGUUUGAUUAAAACAGGGAUAGGAUAUGUGGCCGUCACGUCUGCCUACGCGGAUGCUUUAAACCCUUUCUACAACAUCAGUUCCAAACUUGUAUUUCUGCACAGUUUUUUUCUCAUGAUAGGGAUGUCUUUUGUGUGUCCUUUGUCAACAAUAAUAGCCUCUGUACCAAGUAGUUUAAAGCAUGUUACCUGGGAUAUUAUUAGGAGACAGUUACCCGGUGCAUCUUUAGCAUAUAGAAAAAAUGCCAGGCAGGGACAGAGGUCAUCCUUGAUAGGGCUGAUCCUAAUUACUCUUUCUGUAAAUGAAGGAAAGAAAUCAAAUCCUCUGAGAACUUUGUUCUGCCUCAGCAUACACAGACAUCAGGGUAUUUUGUAAGCCGGUAGUUUAUUUUAUGCUAUAUUAGGCCAUUAGCCAACAAUUAUUUCUUAGCCUUAUUAAACAAUUCGAGGUUCUGACUUCUCUGGUUGUAAGAGAUUUGAUUAGUCAAAUACAAACCCUCUGGAUAACCACAGGCACUGACUGGUUUUCCUCUGAGGAGGGGAAAAGAAUAAA